GCCGCCACCCCCACCCGCUGCCCGCCGGUCCCUCCGGCCGCCGCCAUGUCCUCCUCCUCCUCCUCACCCCGGGAGACGUACGAGGAGGACCGGGAAUACGAGAGCCAGGCCAAGCGCCUCAAGACCGAGGAGGGGGAGAUCGACUACUCGGCUGAGGAAGGCGAGAAUCGCCGCGAAGCGACGCCCCGGGGCGGGGGCGAUGGCGGCGGAGGCGGCGGCCGGAGCUUCUCACAGCCGGAGGCAGGUGGAAGUCAUCAUAAAGUUUCUGUUUCACCUGUUGUACAUGUUCGAGGACUCUGUGAAUCUGUGGUGGAAGCAGACCUUGUGGAGGCACUGGAAAAAUUUGGGACAAUAUGCUAUGUGAUGAUGAUGCCAUUUAAGAGGCAAGCCCUUGUGGAAUUUGAGAAUAUAGAUAGUGCCAAAGAAUGUGUGACAUUCGCUGCAGAUGAACCCGUGUACAUUGCUGGUCAACAGGCUUUUUUCAACUAUUCUACAAGCAAAAGGAUCACUCGGCCAGGAAAUACUGAUGAUCCAUCAGGAGGCAACAAAGUUCUUCUAUUAUCAAUUCAAAAUCCUCUUUAUCCAAUUACAGUAGAUGUCUUAUAUACUGUAUGCAACCCUGUUGGAAAAGUACAGCGUAUUGUUAUAUUCAAGAGAAAUGGGAUACAAGCAAUGGUUGAGUUUGAAUCAGUGCUUUGUGCCCAGAAAGCUAAAGCAGCACUCAAUGGAGCAGAUAUAUAUGCUGGAUGUUGCACACUAAAAAUCGAAUAUGCAAGGCCAACUCGUCUAAAUGUUAUUAGGAACGACAAUGACAGUUGGGACUACACCAAACCGUAUUUGGGAAGACGAGAUAGAGGAAAGGGUCGCCAGAGACAAGCCAUUUUGGGAGAACACCCUUCUUCGUUUAGACAUGAUGGCUAUGGUUCCCAUGGUCCAUUAUUGCCUUUACCAAGUCGAUACAGAAUGGGCUCUCGAGAUACACCUGAGCUUGUUGCAUAUCCAUUACCGCAGGCUUCUUCCUCUUACAUGCAUGGAGGAAAUCCCUCUGGUUCAGUUGUAAUGGUUAGUGGAUUACAUCAGCUAAAAAUGAAUUGUUCAAGGGUCUUCAACCUUUUUUGCUUAUAUGGAAAUAUUGAAAAGGUAAAAUUUAUGAAGACUAUUCCUGGUACAGCAUUGGUAGAAAUGGGUGACGAGUAUGCUGUAGAAAGAGCUGUCACACAUCUUAACAACGUCAAAUUAUUUGGAAAAAGACUUAAUGUUUGUGUGUCUAAACAACACUCAGUUGUUCCAAGUCAAAUAUUUGAGCUGGAGGAUGGUACAAGUAGUUACAAGGAUUUUGCAAUGAGUAAAAAUAAUCGCUUUACAAGUGCUGGGCAAGCAUCUAAGAAUAUAAUCCAGCCACCCUCAUGUGUGCUGCAUUAUUAUAAUGUUCCUUUGUGUGUCACAGAAGAGACCUUCACUAAGUUGUGUAAUGACCAUGAAGUUCUUACAUUCAUCAAAUACAAAGUGUUUGAUGCAAAACCUUCUGCCAAAACACUUUCUGGGCUGUUGGAAUGGGAAUGUAAAACUGACGCAGUAGAAGCUCUCACAGCACUUAAUCACUACCAGAUAAGAGUUCCAAAUGGUUCCAAUCCCUACACAUUGAAGCUUUGUUUUUCUACAUCAUCCCAUUUAUAAGAAGAGAAGAGCAUGUUAGGAUUUAUGUUCAUCUUUAUUACAAUUUAAAAAUUAUACUUCAUUGAAAAAAUAUAAAAUGGUUGAUCUAAUGUUGCCUUGCUUACUUUGAUUUAAGAUCCUGUUCUGUAAUAAACAAAUAUUUUGCCUUGAGUCAA